GGAGAAUACGGCCCUGGACGGGAGCCGGUUCGCUGCCUGCGCUGCAGCAUGGCGGCGGCGGUACGCGCUGCAGGCUGCUUGCCUGCACUGUGCAGCCGGUCGGCGGGUCAUUUAUGGUCCAGGCAGCUUUCCCUAAACACCAUUCCGGCAGCUCCCAUUUUGGCAUUGAAGACUGCUCUCAGCAUCGGUCCUCCGUCAUCACAGGGAUCCAGAGACAGCCGUCGCUUCGCCAGCUUGAGCCACGCCCUGCAGGCACAGUGCUGCAUUUCUUCCGCCAGGAACUUGGCGGCCCAGCAGUACAGGCCGUAUAGUUUCUUCACAAAGUUGACGGCAGACGAGCUUUGGAAAGGAGCCUUAGCGGAGACUGGUGCCGGAGCAAGAAAAGGAAGAGGCAAAAGAACUAAGAAAAAGAGAAGGAAGGACCUGAAUAGGGGUCAGGUCAUCGGCGAAGGACGACACGGGUACCUGUGGCCUGGUCUGAAUGUGCCUCUCAUGAGAAAUGGAGCCGUCCAGACCAUUGCCCAAAGAAGCAAAGAGGAGCAGGAGCAGGUGGAGGCGGACAUGGUCCAGCAGCGGGAAGAGUGGGACCGGAGGAAGAAGAUGAAGGUCAAGCGGGAGCGAGGAUGGAGCGGGAACACGUGGGGAGGCGUCAGUCUUGGCCCCCCUGACCCUGGUCCCAACGGAGAAACGUACGAUGAUUUUGACACCAGGAUACUCGAGGUAAGAAAUGUUUUCAAUAUGACAGCAAAAGAGGGAAGAAAGAAAUCUGUCCGCGUCCUGGUAGCUGUGGGCAACGGAAAAGGCGCAGCAGGUUUUGCUGUUGGGAAAGCCACUGAACGGGCAGAUGCUUUCAGAAAA